AUGUCUGACAACUCGACCAACUCGACAGACCCCAGCCUCGCCGACAUCCUCCCCCCCUACCUCAACCUCCCUCCCCACCUCUCCGCCCACAAGUACUUCUUCGUCUGCACCCUCACCGUCGCCGCAUGGGACACCCUCGUCCUCUCCCCGCGCACAUGGCGUCUGCUCCGCACCAAGGAGUGGCCACCACUCAAGAUCCUCUUCCACUUCCUCCGCGUCUUCAUGCCCCUUGAGUUCAUCAUCGUCGGCGUCGCCUUCUUCGACAUCAACUGGACGCAAGUCCAAUGCUCCCACUUCUUCCUCUUCGAGCCCAUCUGUACCGCCAUCCUCCUCGCCGCCUGCUCCAUCGUCCAUGUCAUCCGCAUCCACGCCAUCUACGAGAAGAGCCGGACCGUUCUCUAUGGCAUGGGCGCCCUCUUCGCCCUCCAGGUCGUCAUCACCGCCAUCUGCUGUGGCUUCUAUCGCUCAACGCCUCUCCUCGAAGGUCAGGGAUGCAUCGCCGAGCCCAAGGAGGGCUGGGUGGGCAUCUACUGGGUGUCCGCGACGCUGCUCUACACCGCUUCCCUCGCGCUCGCGCUCAACCGAUCGCUCCAGUCGCUCCAGAUCAAGCAGCUCUCCUACUGGAAGCUCAUGCUCCGUGACGGCCUCAACCUCUACGGCGCCGUCUGGGUCGUCAACAUGGUCAACAUGCUCUUCUGGUUCAUCAUCAAGCCCACCGGCACCGACGACCCCGUGCGCACGAUCGUGACCUCGAUGACCGCCGUCCUGACCGCGUCCAUGUCGAUGCGCAUCAUCCUCGCCGUCCGCGGCUCGCUCGUCUCGGGCGGCUCCUUCGCCGUCUCCUCGCACUCGCACCCCUCGCGCUCGGGCAACACCACCCACGUCCUCUCGGGCAACCGCCCGGCGGUGAACCCGGUGCUCUCCGUCGGCGGCGGGCGCGGGAACGAGGGCACGUUCUCCGUCCCGCUCGGCGACCCCACCGCGGGCGACAAGGGCGCGGAGUGGAACGACGGCAAGAGCUCCGUCGGCGGCCGCGACCACAAGGCGGAGAUCUUCCCGAUCGACACCAACACCCAGAACGACUUCCCCGCGGAGAAGCGGUGA